GGUCUCCAGGCGUCGAAACGCACUGAUUUAUUUCACAACACUCUCGGCAUUUUUUUAUUUAUUUAUUUAUAUUAUUAUUAAUUAAACUAUUUAAUAUUUAAAAAAAUUAUUAUCAUUAUUAUUGCAAUAUUAUUAAAGUGUUUAAAUAGUGUAAAUGUGUUAAAAAUAAAAAGUGUUUAAAUAUUUUACUCCAAAAUACAGAGUAACAUCAAUAUUUAUAAAUUAUAUUUUGACACUAUUGGAGUAAUAUAAAAGAAAAAAAGUGAAGAUUUUAAUUUUGAUUAUUAAUAAUUAAUUGAGGAUAAUGUUUAAAUUGUUUGUUGAUGUGUACAAUUAUUUGUUUAAUACGUGAUUUAAAUUUUCGAUAUUAUUAAGUCAAUGAUUUGGCAACGCCUGGUGGUACAUAAACGUUAAUCCCUCUCACUUAUUCGGGCGAUUCCCGACAUGGAUACCACGUUGAUUCGUCGUAACACAGGAUAAAGGCAAUUUGAACGAGUUUAGGUGGCUCGAGAUAGUAGUGCCUCAUCUCUUUAUACAUAUUAUACUCUGUACCCAUCAUCAUCAUCAUCUCUGUGUGUUUGUACGCGACGGCUAUAAUCAUUCCUAUACAAAUUAAAAUAUAAAAAAAUAUAUAUAUAUUCAAGACACUUGAUUAAAAAUAUAUUAAUUUCAACUUGUUAUUUUUUUUUAACUAAAAAAUUAAAGUAACAACUGAAAUAAAUUAAAUUAAUAAACAAUGUUGCUAUUUUUUCAUCAAUUGGGAACGUGACAGUGGGCUAUCUAAGUUAAAUUAUUAUUAAAAUUUUUUUCUACUGAUAAAUAAAAUUUAACUAAUAAUCAAAUUAAUAAAUUCAACUAAAACUGUGAUAGUCAUAUGGAUUUUAAAUGUAAAAUAAAUUAUUGUAAAUAUAGAUUAUUUAUGUCUUAAUUAAGGUGCAAUUAUUAAAGUAAAAAAAUUUAUAAAUUUAUUGGUGAUAGCGUGGUGCAAUAUUCAAGGGAUACAAAUAAUUUAAAAAAUUUUUUUAAUCAUUGUGUUGAAUAUAAUCAUUGAAUACAAGUGUUGCUCAAAGUGUUGUGUGAAAAUUCAAAAAGAAAAAAGCAAUUAAUCAAUAUAAUUUAAAGGAUAUAAAGUGUAAAAAAAAAAAAGUUAUUUGUUGUUGAAAUAUUAAAGUGUUUAACAUAGUGAAAUGGAAUAUACAAGUGUUUUUUAUAUAAAAAUAUGAGGACUACGCCUUUUGGAUUAUCGUGUAACACGAAUUAUUGUGAAAAUGAAAAUCACGAGUGUCUUCCUGGUGCUCUUGUUAGCAGCGAGUUCGAGAUGUAUGUGUACAACUGGUUACACUGGACAAAAUUGCGAAAGUGAAUAUAUUCCCUGUGAUCCAUCACCAUGUGCAAAUGGUGGAUCUUGUCAGCAAUUGGAUAAACUUUCAUAUGAAUGCCACUGUCCCGAGGGUUUUCGUGGUGAACAUUGUGAAGAAAAUAUUGAUGAUUGUCCUGGUAAUCUAUGUCAAAAUGGAGCAACAUGUAUGGACAGAGUAAAUGAAUAUUCAUGUCUAUGUCCACCAGCAUUUACUGGUACACAAUGUGAACUUGAUGUUGAUGAAUGUUCAGUACGUCCAUCUUUAUGUCACAAUGGUGCAACAUGUACCAAUUCACAUGGAAGUUAUUCAUGUAUAUGUGUUAAUGGAUGGACUGGUCCUGAUUGUAGUGUUAAUAUUGAUGAUUGUGCUGGUGCAGCAUGUUUCAAUGGUGCAACAUGUAUCGAUAGAGUUGGCAGUUUUUAUUGUCAAUGUACCUAUGGAAAAACAGGUUUACUUUGUCAUCUUGAUGAUGCAUGCACGUCAAAUCCAUGUCAUCAAGAUGCAAUUUGUGACACUAGUCCAAUCAAUGGUUCCUUUACAUGUUCAUGUACAAGUGGUUACAAAGGAUUGGAUUGUUCAGAGGACAUUGAUGAAUGCAAACAAGGUUCUCCUUGUGAGCAUGAUGGUGAAUGUGUCAAUACACCGGGUUCAUUUGCUUGCAAGUGUGCUCAAGGUUUCACUGGACCAAGAUGUGAAAUAAAUAUCAACGAGUGUGAUUCAAUACCCUGUAAAAAUGAGGGUUCUUGUUUAGAUGAUCCUGGAACUUUUAGAUGUGUCUGCAUGCCAGGUUUUGAAGGAACCCAAUGUGAAAUAGACAUCAAUGAAUGUGCUGCAAAACCAUGUUUAAAUGGUGGUAUAUGUAAAGAUUUUGUUAAUUCAUUUAGAUGUGAAUGUGCAACUGGUUUUGUUGGUACACAUUGUCAAAUAAAUAUUGAUGAUUGUGUAUCAGCACCAUGUAAAAAUGGUGGUAUUUGUCAAGAUGCUAUUGCUGAAUAUACAUGUGAUUGUCCACCUGGUUUUACUGGUUUAUCAUGUGAAACAAAUAUCAAUGAUUGUCAAUCAAAUCCAUGUCAUAGUGGUACAUGUAUUGAUGGUGAAAAUUCAUUUACAUGUAAUUGUUUUGCUGGUUUUACUGGUAAAUUAUGUCAAACACAAAUUGAUGAAUGUGAAAGUAAUCCAUGUCAAUAUGGUGGUACAUGCAGAGACAGAAUAAAUGGUUAUCAUUGUGAUUGUAGAUCUGGUACAUCUGGUACUAAUUGUGAAAUUAAUGUCAAUGAAUGCUACAGUAAUCCUUGUAGAAAUGGAGCUAGAUGUGCUGAUGGAAUUAAUACCAAUCGGAUGCCAGGUCUUGGAUGGUAUUCCUGUGAAUGUGAGCCAGGUUUUACUGGUCACCAUUGUGAAACAGAUAUCAAUGAAUGCAAGGACAAUCCAUGCUCAAAUGGUGGAAGAUGUAUUGAUUUAAUAAAUGGAUUUAGAUGUGAAUGUCCACGUGGUUAUUACGAUGCAAGAUGUCUAAGUGAUGUUGAUGAAUGUGCAAGUAAUCCAUGUAUAAAUGGUGGUACUUGUGAGGAUGGAGUUAAUCAAUUUAUAUGUCAUUGUUUACCUGGUUAUGGUGGUAAACGUUGUGAAGCUGAUAUUGAUGAAUGUGGAUCAAAUCCAUGUCAACAUGGUGGUAUAUGUAUUGAUGGUCUUAAUGAUUAUGAUUGUAAUUGUUUACCAGGUUAUGCUGGUACAAAUUGUGAAACAAAUGUUGAUGAUUGUUCAAAUAGUCCAUGUCAAAAUAGUGGCUCAUGUAUUGAUCUUGUUAAUGAUUAUAAAUGUGUUUGUGAAUUACCACAUACUGGUAGAAAUUGUGAAAGUAAACUUGAUCCAUGUUCACCAAAUAAAUGUCUUCAUGGUGCAAAAUGUUCACCAUCAUCAAAUUUUAUGGAUUUUGCAUGUACAUGUACUGUUGGUUAUACAGGAAGAUUAUGUGAUGAAGAUGUUGAUGAAUGUAUUAUGACAUCACCAUGUAGAAAUGGUGCAACUUGUCGUAAUACAAAUGGUUCAUAUCAUUGUGUAUGUGCUAAAGGUUAUGAAGGACGUGAUUGUAUUAUAAAUACAGAUGAUUGUGCACCAUUUCCAUGUCAAAAUGGUGGUACAUGUCUUGAUGGUAUUGGUGAUUAUACAUGUUUAUGUGUUGAUGGUUUUUCUGGUAAACAUUGUGAAGUUGAUGUUGAUGAAUGUCAAUCAUCACCAUGUCAAAAUGGUGCAUCAUGUAAUCAAUAUGUUAAUUCAUAUACAUGUCAAUGUCAACUUGGUUUUUCUGGUAUAAAUUGUCAAACAAAUGAUGAAGAUUGUACAGAUAGUAGUUGUAUGAAUGGUGGUAAAUGUAUUGAUGGUAUUAAUAAUUAUACAUGUAUUUGUCAACCAAGUUAUACUGGUUCAAAUUGUCAAUAUCGUAUUAAUGAAUGUGAUAGUUCACCAUGUUUAAAUGGUGCAACAUGUAAUGAUGAUAUUAAUCAACAUUAUACAUGUCAUUGUCCAUAUGGUUUUACUGGUCAACGUUGUGAUACAUAUAUUGAUUGGUGUAUUGAUAAACCAUGUGAUAAUGAUGCAACAUGUAUACAAGAAAAAAAUAAAUAUCGUUGUAAUUGUUCACCAGGUUGGACUGGUAAAGUAUGUGAUGUUGAAAUGGUAUCAUGUAAAGAUGCAGCAAUACGUAAAAAUUUACCAGAUGAUUAUUUAUGUAAUAAUGGUACAUGUGAAGAUAUUGGUAAUAGUCAUCGUUGUCAUUGUAUUGAUGGUUAUACUGGUUCAUAUUGUCAAGAAGAAAUAAAUGAAUGUGAUUCAGCACCAUGUCAAAAUGGUGCAAUAUGUAAAGAUCUUGUUGGUUCAUAUCAAUGUCAAUGUACAAAAGGUUUUCAAGGACAAAAUUGUGAAUUAAAUGUUGAUGAUUGUCGUUUAAAUCCAUGUCAAAAUGGUGGUACAUGUCAUGAUUUAAUUAAUAAUUUUUGGUGUUCAUGUCCACCAGGUACACUUGGUAUAAUAUGUGAAAUAAAUGUUGAUGAUUGUAUACCAGGUGCAUGUCAUAAUAAUGGUACAUGUACAGAUAAAGUUGGUGGUUUUGAAUGUAAAUGUCCAGCUGGUUUUGUUGGACCACGUUGUGAAGGUGAUAUUAAUGAAUGUUUAUCAAGUCCAUGUGCAACACCAGGUACACAAGAUUGUGUACAACUUGUUAAUAAUUAUCAUUGUAAUUGUAAAGCUGGUUAUAUGGGACGUCAUUGUGAAGUUAAAGUUAAUUUUUGUGAUAGUUCACCAUGUCAAAAUGGUGGUGUAUGUACAGCACAACAAGCUGGACAUACAUGUUUAUGUUCAAAUGAAUAUUAUGGACAUAAUUGUGAAUUUGCUGGUUCAUAUUGUGAUACACAACCAUGUUUACAUGGUGGUUCAUGUCGUAUAUCAGAAAUUGAUAAUACAUAUAUAUGUACAUGUCGUCCAGGUACAACUGGUACACAUUGUGAAAUUGAUUCACAAGAUGAAUGUUCAAGUAAUCCAUGUCAACAAUCAGAUGCUGUAUGUGAAAAUUUAUUUGGUGAUUAUGCAUGUUAUUGUCCACCAAAAUGGACUGGUAAAAAUUGUGAAAUAUAUGAUAAAAAUGGACAUGGUGGUAUAUUUGGUAGACCAAAUUCUGUAUUAUCUAAAACAUCAUUAAGUGCAUAUGACAUUGAUUUAGAACGUGAAAGAAAAAAAUGUAUUGAAAAUCAUUGUGAUGAAAAAUCUGGUAAUUUUCAUUGUGAUGAUGAAUGUAAUAAAUAUGCAUGUAAUUUUGAUGGUAAUGAUUGUUCACUUGGUAUUAAUCCAUGGAGAAAUUGUACAGCACCAAUUAAUUGUUGGGAUGUAUUUAUGAAUGGUGUUUGUGAUGAAGUAUGUAAUAAUGCUGGAUGUUUAUUUGAUGGACAUGAUUGUGAAAAAAAAUUAGGACCAUGUAAUCCAAUAUAUGAUGCAUAUUGUCAAAAACAUUAUGCAAAUGGACAUUGUGAUUAUGGUUGUAAUAAUGCUGAAUGUAAUUGGGAUGGUAUGGAUUGUGAAAAAGAACCACCAACAGUUGCUAUUGGUGCAAUAUCAAUUGUUGUUAGAAUGGAUAUGAAAACAUUUCAAUCAAAUUCAAUUGCAUUUUUACGUGAUAUUGGUCAUGAAUUACGUACAACAUUACGUGUUAAACAAGAUGAAUUUGGUAAUGAUAUGGUUUAUCCAUGGAAAGGUGAACGUGAUUCAUCAUCAACAUCAUUUAUGAGUCAUCAAAAAACACCAAUGUAUUCUGAUACUAAAAAUGGUAUUAUUGUUUAUGUUGAACUUGAUAAUAGAAAAUGUACAUCAAUACCUGGUGCAACAUGUUUUCCAACAGCAAAUGAAGCUGCUGAAUUUUUAGCAGCAUCAGCAUCAAAACAUACAUUACCAAGAAAUUUUCCAAUUGAAAGAGUUAGAAGUGAACUUGGACCACAAGAUCCAGAUAAUAUUGAUACACCAACAAAUUUUAAAUAUGUAUUAACUGCUGUAUUUUUAACAGUAUCUUGUGGUUGUUUAUUUGGUGUACUUGUUACACAAAGAAAACGUGCUGCUGGUGUAACAUGGUUUCCUGAUGGUUUUUCAUUACGUACAACAAGUCAAAAUAGUAGUGGACAAAGAAGAAGAUCACGUAGACGUGGUCCAGAUGGACAAGAAAUGAGAAAUUUAAAUAAACAACCAUCAGUUAAUUGUAUGGAUAUUGAUAUUAGUGGUAAUGGACGUAUGCCACAAUGGUCUGAUGAUGAUUCUGAUUUACCACCAUCAAAAAGAAUGCGUGCUAUUGAACCAGGUUAUUCAAGUGAUCAUACUGUUAUAACUGAUUAUGAAGAAACAGAAUCACGUAUGUGGACACAACAACAUUUAGAUGCUGCUGAAAUAAGACGUAGUGAUAUUGGUAUAUUAACACCACCAAGUAUUGGUGAACAUGGACAAGAUAUUGAUGCACGUGGUCCAUGUGGUAUGACACCAUUAAUGGUUGCUGCUGUACGUGGUGGUGGUUUAGAUACUGGUGAAGAAGAAGAUGAAAGUGAUGGUACAGCAGCUGUUAUUGCUGAUCUUGUUGCACAAGGAGCUGAUUUAAAUGCAACAACUGAUAAAAGUGGUGAAACAUCAUUACAUUUAGCAGCAAGAUAUGCUAGAGCUGAUGCUGCUAAAAGAUUACUUGAUGCUGGUGCUGAUGCAAAUUCACAAGAUAAUACUGGUAGAACACCAUUACAUUCAGCUGCUGCUGCUGAUGCAAUGGGUGUAUUUCAAAUAUUAUUACGUAAUCGUGCAACAAAUUUAAAUGCUAGAAUGCAUGAUGGUACAACACCAUUAAUACUUGCAGCAAGACUUGCAACUGAGGGUAUGGUUGAAGAUUUAAUAAAUGCUGAUGCUGAUAUUAAUGCUGCUGAUAAUAGUGGUAAAACAGCAUUACAUUGGGCAGCAGCUGUUAAUAAUGUUGAUGCUGUUAAUAUAUUAUUAGUACAUGGUGCUAAUCGUGAUGCACAAGAUGAUAAAGAUGAAACACCAUUAUUUUUAGCAGCACGUGAAGGUAGUUUUGAGGCGUGUAAAGCACUACUUGAUACAUUUGCUAAUCGUGAAAUAACUGAUCAUAUGGAUAGAUUACCACGUGAUGUUGCUAGUGAAAGAUUACAUCAUGAUAUUGUUAGAUUACUUGAUGAACAUGUACCAAGAUCACCACAAAUGGUAUCUGUUAUGCCAAAUGGACCAAUUAUGGGAUCACCAAAUCAUUCACAAUUAAUAACACAACCAACAGUUAUUGGUCCAGCACCAAAACAAAGUAAAGCUAAAAAACGACCAAAAACAACUGGUAUAUCAUCAUCAUCAUCAGCAGCAACAACAGCAACAACAUGUAAUCCAAAUAGUCCUGAAUCAGAAAAUUCUAUUGCUGCUGUUAGACGAAAACCAUCAAUUAAAAAACAACAACAACAACAACAGUUACAGUUGCAACAGCAACAACAAUUACAAUUGCAACAGCAACAACAACAACAGCAACAGCAACUUCAACAACAACAGCAACAACAACAACAUCAACAACAACAGCAACAACAUUUAAAACGUGGUGCACAACCACCAAAUCAAGAAAUUCCACAAGGUGCAGAAGGUGCUGAGGGUAAUUUACCAAGUCCAUAUGAUAGUGCAAGUCUUUAUAGUAAUGCAUUAACAGUUGUUGGUCAUACAACAACAAUAACAGCUAAACAACCACCACCAUAUGAAGAUUGUAUAAAAGGACAAACAAUGCAAACAACAUUACAACAACUUGGUUUAGAUACAUUUACACCAAAUUAUGGUUUACCUAAUUUUCAUGAUCAAUUAUUAACACCCCAUCAACGUCAAACACAAGGUAUGAUUAAUACAUUAUCACCGCCAUAUAGUAAUCAAUCACCACCACAUUCAGUACAAUCAAAUAUGACAUUAUCACCACAAGCAAGUUAUAUGGGUUCACCAUCACCAGCUAAAAAUAGACCAUCAUUACCAACAUCACCAACUCAUAUUGCUGCAAUGAGACAAGCAACACAUCAAAAACACGGUGGUAUGCCACCAGUUGGUUUUGAUUUUGAUAAUUUACCAUAUUCAACUGGACCACAACAACAAAUUCAACAAAUGCAAACACAAAUGCAACAACAACAACAGCAACAACAUCAACAACAACAACAACAUCAUCAACAACAACAACAACAGCAACAACAACAACAACAGCAACAACAACAAAAUAAUCAACAACAGUACUAUCAGUACUUGACACCACCUUCACAUCAUUCGGGGCCUGAUUUAACGCCUCAACAUUUAAUGCAAGCACCAGAAAAUUUCCCAACACCAUCACCAGAUAGUCCUGGACACUGGUCAUCAAGUUCACCGCAUUCAAAUAGUGAUUGGUCUGAGUGCAUGGCAUCACCAAAUGCAUAUGCAACUGGUGGGCCACACCAAAGUAACAAGGGCUCUGAAGCCAUUUACAUAUAAAAAUAUUUCAAUUAACAAUUUUAAUAAUUAUUAGUUACUCAUUUUAAUUUAUGAGACAAGGUAUUUAUUAAGUUAUAAAUAAAACAAAUUUAUAUAUAUUAUAAAAAUAUAUAAUAUGCAGGUAAAUACAUAUGUGUUAUAUAUAUAUAGUUAAACUUGAAGACAUGCUUUUUUUUUUUUUUUUGUUUCAAUUUCAUUUUACAAUCAUUAACGUUUAUUUUAUUUUUUUUAAAUCUUUUAUAAUUAUUGUGAGACUUUUAUAAGAGAAUUUAAGAUUUAUAAAAUAUAUUUUUUAUAAAAAAAAAAUUGAAUUUUUUAAUAUUGUGAUUAAAUUGUCAAUUCAAUUGAAAAACAAAAGGUGCCUUUUUUUACUUGCCACCUAACAAAAACAACCAGUUAACAAAAAAUAAAUUUUAAAAAAAGCAUGUUAAGGACUUUGACAUACAACUAAUGAGAUUUGUAAAUAAAUUGUGAGUUAAUGAAAUAAAAAAGAUACGAUUUAAGACAAGUUAAAAAUAAAUAACUAACAAUGGUUAAAAUAAUAAAUUAAUUUGUGCUAGUUAUAUUUUUUAUAUAAGAAAAUAUGUAAUAGAUAAUAUUUUAUUUAAAAAAAUUAAGUAAAUUAAUACAUUGCAAAAAAGAAAAAAAAAAAAAAAAAAAGAAAAACUUACAAAUAUAAGGAAAAUUUGUAUAAUCGAUUGAAAUUAAUUGACCACUGCCGUGUGUUUUCAUCAGUAUGCUCAAUAUACUCGUUUUUUAAAAAAUUAUGUAGACGAGAAAUUGACAUUUGUGCCUUUUUUUUAUAAAUAAAUAUGUAUAGUGAAUUUGUAUUUUUUUUAAAUCACUGAUUGAGUGCAUUGAGUGUAAAAGAAAUUUUAAUAACAAGGAAAUUUAAAUUAAUUUCCAUGAUGAUGAUAGCUUUGAUGUAUAAUAUUCAAAACAUGAUACAGCAGAGAAUAGAAAUUUGAUAAUCAAUCGUUGAUAAUAUUUUUCCAUACAAAAACAUUCCAAUUCGUAUAAUUUUUAAAAAUAUUAUUUCAACUAAUAAAUUAUUGUCAACUUCAAAUUUCAUUUUAUAUUACUAACAAUAUAGUAAUAAUUUAAACUAUAAUUCAAGAUUUUUUAUAUCUCUAUGUUAAAUUUUAAUUUAAACGAAAAAAAAAGUCAACAAUUUCGACGAGACGAUUAUUCGAAAUUAUCGAAACUCUGCUUAUCAAACGCCAAACGAGAAUUAUACUUUUAAAAUCUAAAACAUUUAUAAAAAUUUAAUAAAUAAAAACGACGAAUAAAAAAAAAUUGUAUAAUCAUGUUUUUAAAUUAAUUUAAUAGUUUUUUUUUUUUUUUUUUUUUUGCAUUGAUAUUAAUGUCAUAGAAUUGUUGCGAGAGAAAAGAUUUUAAUAGUACAAGUAAAUUUGCUUUUGCAAUACCAGUGUUUUUCGAUAAAAAUACAAAGGAGAUAAACACAUAAUUA